CUGUGCAACCCAGCCCCGGUCCCCGGGGCGCUUAGGGCGCUCCCGGCCUCGGCUUUCCCCCAGGUGCGGAGCGGAUCGAGCCGGCCAGCUGCGGUAGAGGAGUCGCCCCCGCCUCUUUUCUCCCGGGCUCGAACCCACUGUCCACAGGCUGGAGCUGCGGGCCAGAUUCCCUGGGCUUCUGGCCAGGUGGUGGAUCUGGUAACCAGAGAGGUGGCUGGGAGAUUAAGGCGCCCCAGCUCUCUAAAGAUGUUUCCCCAGAACAGGCCACCGACCCACCUCCAGGCUCCUUCUCUCGCCUCUGCGGCGGCUGUGGCCGUGGCCACCAGUGCAACCACCACCACGUCACAGUCCCUGAAACUGACCUACCCAGAGACCCUGGAUCGGAUCAAGGAAGAGUUCCAGUUCCUCCAGAACCAGUACCACAGCUUGAAGUUAGAGUGUGAGAAGCUGGUGACGGAGAAGACUGAAAUCCAGCGUCACUACGUCAUGUACUACGAAAUGUCCUACGGGCUGAACAUUGAAAUGCAUAAGCAGACAGAGAUUGCCAAGCGUCUGAACGUCAUCUGCACCCAACUCAUCCCCUUUCUGUCCCAGGAGCACCAGCAGCAGGUGGUCCAGGCAGUGGAACGAGCCAAACAGGUCACCAUGGCCGAGCUGAAUGCUGCAAUUGGGCACCAGCUCCAGGCUCAACACCUGUCUCACCACGCCCCGCCCAUCCCCCUCACCCCCCACCCCUCGGGCCUGCAGCCCCCCAGCCUGGCAAGCCUGGGCAGCACCUCAGGGCUCCUGGCCCUGACCGGGGCCCUGGGGGCCCAGGGACAGCUGGUCCCCAAGGAAGAUCGAGGCCUGCAUGAGGCUGAGCACAGAGUUGCCAUGGUUACAGAGAGAGACCCAGGCCCGAGCUCCGUGGCAUUGCCCAAUGGAGAGCGGCCACGCACCCUCUCUGAAUACCUGAGCGGCAACAAGAAGCGGAAAGCGGAUGAGAAGGACUUCGUCCCAGACUAUAGCAGUGACGCUGACAAGAGUGAGGACAACCUAGUAGUGGAUGAGGACCCCCAGUCCCCACACAGCGUCCACUCGUAUUCCUCGCGGGAGAAUGGGCUGGCCAAAGGGACCUCACAGAGGAAGGAGGUGGUGCCCCUCAGUCCUCCAUCCGUGGCCUCCUCCCGAAGCACCUCCCCAUCGCGGAGCAAGGAGCCGCCCCCACCCCCAGUGAUGGAGAAAACCGGUACGCCCGGCCUGAAAUCCAGCACCCCAACUUCCCAGGGUGACGGGUUGAUGCCAGGACUCAGCAACAGUGCCCAGCCUUUCCGAGCUGGCACAGGCAAGCCCAGUGUGGACUCCUUAGCUCUAAGCCUGAGGAACCCACUGGCGGUCCAGACCUCCUACCCCAGCCCCUUCAGUAUGGCCCACCCUGCCCUGAACGGUGAAGUGUCUGGGACUGGGGCCUACGCCAGCCUCCACCUGGUGUCGUCACAAAUCAACGGGGCCUCCGCCAGCUACAGCCGCUCACCUCUGGUCAGCUACGACUCACACACCCACAUGCGGGUGCCAGGGGGUUCUGCCAACCUGCCAGCCAGCUCCUCGGGAAAACCGGCCUAUUCCUUCCACGUGUCGGGUGACGGGCAGGUGCAGCCGGUGCCCUUUCCGUCGGACGCCCUCAUUGGCUCGGGCAUCCCCCGGCACGCCCGCCAGCUGCACACCCUGAGCCACGGUGAGGUGGUCUGCGCCGUCACCAUCAGCAACUCCACCCAGCAUGUCUACACCGGGGGCAAAGGCUGCGUCAAGGUGUGGGAUGUGGGGCAGCCUGGCACCAAGACGCCCGUGGCCCAGCUGGACUGCCUGAACCGGGACAACUACAUCCGCUCUUGCAAGCUGCUGCCGGACGGGCGGAGUCUCAUCGUGGGAGGCGAGGCCAGCACCCUGUCCAUUUGGGACCUGGCCGCCCCCACCCCCCGCAUCAAGGCCGAGCUGACCUCCUCUGCCCCUGCCUGCUACGCCCUGGCCAUCAGCCCUGACGCUAAGGUCUGCUUCUCCUGCUGCAGUGACGGCAACAUCGUGGUUUGGGACCUACAGAACCAGACGUUGGUCCGGCAAUUCCAAGGCCACACGGAUGGUGCCAGCUGCAUUGAUAUCUCCAAUGAUGGCAACAAGCUGUGGACAGGUGGCCUGGACAACACUGUGCGCUGCUGGGACCUGCGGGAGGGGCGGCAGCUGCAGCAGCAUGACUUCAGCUCACAGAUCUUCUCCCUGGGUCAUUGCCCCACUGGGGAGUGGCUGGCGGUGGGCAUGGAGAGCAGCAACGUGGAGGUGCUCCACGUCAACAAGCCCGACAAGUACCAGCUGCACCUGCACGAGAGCUGUGUCCUCUCCCUCAAGUUCGCCUCCUGCGGCAAGUGGUUUGUGAGCACGGGCAAGGACAACCUCCUCAAUGCCUGGAGAACACCCUAUGGGGCCAGCAUCUUCCAGUCAAAAGAAUCCUCAUCUGUCCUGAGCUGUGACGUCUCCACGGAUGACCAGUUCAUUGUCACCGGUUCUGGGGACAAGAAAGCCACGGUGUAUGAGGUCAUUUACUAAGACAGCAGCCAGCCCGUCAGCGACGUCCCAAAGAUCUGCCCCAGCCGGCUUGGGUGGGGGGCAAGAAAGCCCCCAGCGGGUCCAGCCGGCAAAGGGGUGUAGGCAAAAUCUGACCAACAACCCUCCCUCCCCCCCUUCCUCCUUUGCUUCUCUUUCCCCUCUCUCCACCCCCACCCCCCCACCUCCAUGUGGGGGUUUCUCUGAACCUGAACUGUUUAGGUUUCCUGUGAUUGGGUUAUUUUUUCUACCUUUUAAUUUUCACUUCUUUUUUUUGGAAGAGGGUUUGUGAUCUCUUGGCCAGGAUUUUAGUUUGUAUUUAAUAAAAAAUCUGAGGUGUGUCAGCCACA